GUAGUGUCAUCCAGCAAACAAAAACCGUAAACCCCACCGAAAGACAGUGUGAAAUUUUUGUUGUGGCAACCAAAGCAUAAACCCCAGGAAGCAGCGGUCUGAGCAAUUAGUUUCUGAGAUUUUGAGAAAAAAUGGUGGUGAGGAUCCGAUUGGCGAGAUUCGGAUGCAAGAACAAGCCAUUUUAUCGGGUCAUGGCUGCUGAUAGCAGAUCACCCAGAGAUGGCAAGCAUCUCGAAGUAUUAGGUUACUAUAAUCCCUUGCCAGGUCAAGAUGGUGGCAAACGAAUGGGCAUUAAUUUUGAAAGAGUGAAGUAUUGGUUAUCAGUUGGUGCUCAGCCUUCAGAUCCUGUCCAACACAUUCUUUUCAGGGCAGGGUUACUGCCUCCACCACCUAUGGUGGCAAUGGGGCGCAAAGGUGGACCUCGUGACACACGUCCUAUCGAUCCUAUGACAGGGCGUUUCUUGAAUUCUGAGAAGCCAGCCAUUGCUGACCAAUCAAAAAGUGAUGCAGAUGAUAGUGCAGAACCAGCAACUUCCCCAUGAAACUUUUCAUUUCUGCAGCUAUAUUUGAUGGAAAAAGAGAGAGCGGUGGUUCCAUAAAAAUCUACAUGUGCUCUGAUUUUCUCAAAAAUUAUCUUCCAACAAUAACUCCUGCCUUCUCUGUAGACAUGUAAGCUUAUGUAGAGAUUUUCUUAAUCCCGCAUAGUAAUAUUAAGUGUUAUUCAAUGGUGAUUUGAUUGAGUAUUGACAUUUUCUAGGUUGAGAAUGAAACUUACUAUGCUUUGCUGCUAAACUGUAUUUGAGUAUCUUUGUUAGUGUGUGCACGUCAAAGUUCUUGAUGGUUCUCCAAUGUAGUAUCUUUCAUUUAUGCAGCAACA